AUGAUUUCGUUACCAGCGGUAGCCAUGGACCGCCUCGGUCUGGGUCCGCCGAAGUUAAAGCCUGACUUCUUUGUCGAUCAUCGGAAGGGCGAAGUUGGGGAGCUGCGCCUGCUGCUACGCAAGAUGGCAGCAGAUUACAAGAGCGCGUCGUCGUUAAGCGCGUAUACCCACGCUGAUAACAACACGAGGCGCCGUGAGAUUCUGAAGCGUCUGAUACGGUGUAUGACGCUUGGCGUGGAUGUAUCUCGGCUGUACACGGAGGUGGUGAUGGUAUCGCAUACAGCGGACCCAGUCCAGAAGAAAAUGAUUUACAUGUACCUCUCUACGUACAGCAAGGACAACCCCGAUCUCACCGUGCUGACGAUAAACACGCUGUUGAAGGAUAUUGAGAACGUGGACCCUGUUAUUCGCUGCCUAGCGCUGCGCAACAUCUCCGCUUUUGGCACUAAGCUCUCGAAUGACUACGCAAAGGACGCCAUCCUCAAGAAGUUUCACGACCCUGCGGAUGCCGUGAAGCGCUCUGCCAUCAUAGGCGGAUUGCGCGUCUACAAGUCACAGUGCGCCAUUGCCAAGAAGGAGCAUGCGGACGAGUCGGACUGCCACGAGCACCGUUCCGCCAUACUGCAGCACCUGGUGUCGUCCCUGAAGUCGUUGAAUCUGGACGUGAUGUUCGACUCCUUGUGCGUAUACAGUGAGAUGCUGGGUCAGGGAGACGACAUAAAGCUGAGCAAGCACAGCAUAGUGUACCUCAUAAACCGCAUAAAGAAGAUGACCGAAUGGCAGCAGUGCCUUACCCUGCAGCUGCUGCACACUUACACCCCCGCUGGAGACGAGCUGUUCGACCUCCUGAACCUGCUUGACGAGUUGCUGAACUAUUCGUCCACCGCCGUGUUCUUGGCCACGGCAAAGUGCUUCCUGGCGUGGACGGCUCAUGACGACAUGCUGCAGCUGGAGGUUAUCAGGCGGGUCGAAAUGCCCAUGAUCGCUCUUAUCACGCACUCGUGCGACGAGAUCGCAUACAAUCUACUGCUUAACACCCUGCUUAUGAUCGUUAACGCCCCGAGGCUGGAGGAUGACAGCGGAGCGGGGGAAACCUACAAGCCGCCGUUUGCGGACCACUACGAGGUCUUUUUCUUCCGCUACGAUGACCCGUCUUAUAUCAAGCACGUAAAACUGAAUAUACUGGUCGCGAUUGCGUGUGAGGCAAACUAUCUGGAGAUAGUGAAGGACCUCAAUGAAUAUGUUUCUGACACCAACCACGCCAUUGCCGCGAAAUCGGUCAAGGCGGUUGGAAUAAUAGCGCUGAAGUUUCCAGCGCACCUCGAGUUUAUAAUGUCACAGAUGUCGGUCGUGUUCAGCCUGGGGAUCUCGUAUCUCAUAAGUGCCGCGCUGUACGUGAUACGCGCGUUGCUUUUGGUCUACCCGUCCGGCGUCGCCAAAUUACUGGAGAUCGUCGAGGCCUCCCGUGACUUCUUCCGGGAGCCGCAGGCCUUGUCGUACUACAUUUGGAUCCUUGGUGAAUACGGUGAAAGCGUUGAGCACGCGCCUUACACGCUCGAGGAUCUUAUUGACCGCCCUGACAUCUCCGAUAUCGCCAAGGAGUUGCUCUGCGCCUCCAUGAAGGUGUUCUUCAAACGACCGCCUGAAAUGUUCCCUGGACUCUCACGGCUGCUACGCAGGGUCAUGAGCGAGAUUCAAGAUCCAGAUCUUGUUGGCCACGCUGACUUCUACUACGUGCUCCUCUCCACUGACUUGGCGGCUGCGGAAAAGAUUGUAAUGGCCCCAUCGUCUCACGACGCUGCCUCCGUGUUGGAAAAUUGCAUAGUCGACUUGGGCAUCGCGCUGCCAAGCGUUCACUGGCUGGAUUCAUUCAACAGUGUGCACGCUUUUGACGAGGACCUAUCGCAAGGCAGCUCUCCCAGUCGUUUUUUCCCCUUUACGUACGGCGACGUAGACACUGACAUUUUGAUGACGCCAGCUGCCGCCGAAUCGCCGGAGGACAGCUCAAGCUGCGCGGACUCGUCAUACAAUACCGUUGAAGGAUACGAUCUCCCAGGAGCUGUUAGCACGGAUGAAAACGCGGCACCCACCACGUUGCAAGAUCGCCUGGCCCCCCUGCACCUGGUGGUGCCGAAGACGCUGCUGUCGGAGGAGUUCCAGAAAAGCUGGUUCGCCUGCGACGCCAUUUGCCAAAGCACUGAUGAGGUGGCAUCCGCGCAUGCCGACGUUAACUUUGAAUCACUGGAGGACUUGCUUUUCGACGUUCACAUCGCGACGCUCGCCUCCGGCAAGAGCCAGAACACGACGAAGAUGUACCAGUACGCGCAGAACGCGGCGGGGCAAAUGUACUACAUGGAGCUGACGUUAACUCCGGUUGACGGGAGGUGGAAGAUACAGGCGUCCGUGAAGUCGCAGCGCGCUGGCUGCGACGAGGCGCUACUGCAGUCCUUCGCAGACACGCUGUGCAACUGCGCCAGCAACUGGGUAUCAGGCGACGAUACGAAUUGA